UAGACAUAGAUCGACAUAAACAAAUCAUGGCAGACGAUCAGAAAUCUGGUAAAGUCUAUGGUCUCAUUCUUCCCAAAAAGGCCGGACAGUCCAAUGCCAAGUCUGGCAAAGCUGCUACCUUUAAUGUUUUUGGAGGCGAAAGUGAUGAGGAAGACAAUGGAUCCACCGUUAAAACUUCAGCCCCCAAAACAGUCAAGAGACAGACUCAGAUGGACAUUGACAAGGCUUUGCAGGAAGACCCUACAGUGUAUGAAUAUGAUUCUAUUUAUGACGACUUACAAGCCAAGAAGCCUCAAGUUGGUGCUAAAGAAAAAAGUUCUGUAGACAGAAAGCCAAAAUAUAUUGCUGGCCUGCUUAAAGCUGCUGAAACAAAGAAGAAGGAAGAUGAGAGAAGGAAAGAAAGACAGGUGCAGAAAGAACGUGAGGCAGAAGGUGAGAUGUUUGCGGACAAGGAGAAGUUCGUGACCUCGGCAUACAAACAAAAGUUGCUAGAACUGCAGGCAGCAGAAGAAGAGGAGAAAAGACAGGCUGCCAUAGAAAGUAUGCUUGAUGUUACCAAGCAGAAAGACAUGAGUGGUUUCUAUAGAUACUUGUACAGAUCUACAGCAGGAAAUGACAUCACACCAUCAGGGGAUGGAGAGAAGAUGGAGAUCAAAGAGGAGGAGCCGGACGCACCAGAUAACAAUGUGAAAAAGGAAGAAACUUCUCCCCCGAAGCACAAAGAAUCCUCUUCUUCAUCUGCUGGUUCUUCAUCUGAUAGUGAUGGUUCAGAUUCUGAGGUGAAACAAGGCAAAGAAAAAAUUGCUUUCUCAAAGCCCAUUCGCCCGAACUCAGGAGGGAAGUUCAGAAAACGAAAGAGUGACUCCUCAUCCCCUGAGAGCAACAGAGACAGAUCAAAGGGGUCUUCCUAUAGAAGACAGUCCUCCCCACACAGGAGAAGGUCCUCUGAUGAUAGAAGACAGUCCUCCCCACAUAGACGGAGGUCCUUCGACAACAAAAGACAGUCCUCUCCACACAGGAGGAGGUCCUCCGAUGAUAAACGACAGUCCUCUCCUCAUAGAAGAAGCUCCCCUCCGUAUGGAAGACAGUCCUCUUCACAGAGAGGGUAUUCCCCAGGUGCCAGGGGUAGAAGAAGAGACGAUGACAGGGAUAGCUAUAGGUCAAGAGGCUCCAGGAACAGGCAUUCUAGGUCAAGAUCACCCAGAUCAAGAUCUCCCAGAGCAAGAUCUCCUGCAAGAGUUGGUAGGCGAGCAGAAAGGUCACGGUCACGAUCCCUCCCACGCAACAGUGAGGCUAAGCACAGGCAGAGGUCAAGGUCACGGUCUAAAGAUAGAUCUGCCCCAGAUGAGCCUCAUCAAAAACACAAGGCUGGAAGUCACAGAGAAAGGUCAGGGUCGUCUGACAGAAAGAUGAGAAACUCACCUCCCGGGGGUAGGAAAGAUGAGCCUGUUGGGCUGGAUGGGAAGGUUGGAGGAGGAGACAAGCCAAGAGAGGAAGGUUCAGAUGAGGAGGUCAGUGAAGGUCCACUCAGGGAGGACAGUGUGAAGGUUGCGGCUGACAGGAAAGAUGACGUAAAAGUUGCUGUGGAAGACAAGAAACAGGAAGAGAAACCUGUUGAUCCCAAGGAUAAAGUUUACCCCCAUCAUAACUCGCAGAAAGAUAUUGCAGAGGCCAGGAAGAGAUAUCUGUUGAGAAAGAUAGCUAGGGAGAGUGAGAGGGCAGCAUAGGGCAGAGUCAAUGGGCAGUUAAGUGGAAGGUGAGUGAAUGGACAGUUCAGUAUUGAGUCAAUGAGUGAAUGUGCGGUUCAUUGUGAAGUGAAUGAGCAGUUCAGUAUUUAGUGAGUGAAUGGCAGUUCAUUAAGAAGUGGUCAGUUUUGUAGCGAAUGAAUGGGCAGUUCAUUGGGAAGUGAGUGAAUGGGGAGUACAUUAGGAAUUGAGUGGGCUGUUCAGUAUUGAGUGAGUAAAUGGGCAGUUUAUAAGGAAAUAAGUGAGUGGGCAGUUCAGAAUUGAGUGAGUGGGCAGUUCAGUAUUGAGUGAGUGGGCAGUUCAAUAAUGAGUGAGUGGGCAGUUCAGUAUUGAGUGAGUAAAUGGGCAGUUUAUAAGGAAAUAAGUGAGUGAGCAGUUCAGAAUUGAGUGAGUGGGCAGUUCAGUAUUGAGUGAGUAAAUGGGCAGUUUAUAAGGAAGUAAGUGAGUGGGCAGUUCAGAAUUGAGUGAGUGGGCAGUUCAGUAUUGAGUGAGUAAAUGGGCAGUUUAUAAGGAAAUAAGUGAGUGGGCAGUUCAAUAAUGAGUGAGUGGGCAGUUCAAUAAUGAGUAAGUGGGCAGUUCAGUGGGAAGUGAGUGAGAGGCAUUAUAAAGAGUGAAAGUUUUUUCAACAGCAUGUGAGUGGAAAGGCAGCAUAGCAUGAAAGGCACUUCAGUAGCAAGUGGGAAAGAAGAAGAUAUAAAGGUUCCAGGGCAAUAUAGUUGCAAGAUUAUCAAAGAAUGAUAUAAAUGUAAUGCAGCAUGAAAGGGAAAUGUUAAAAUGGUUUGAUUAGGUUUAAUUUUGUAUUUUCAUUGUUUAACAAUGUUGCUUUAUA